AUGUCACAUAAUUUUGUCAUUGAAGAUCCGUGUGUGGAUAUUGACCGUGAGGAGCUAGUAGACGAUGGACACAGGGCUCCUACGUGUUCUCGAAUGGAUCUGUGUGACAACAACAUUAAUGGAUGGUACCGUGUGAACAAACAUGGGAAACGGCAUCCAACGCCAUCUGACGGCAUCGUGACAAGAAACGCAUGCGUGAGAAAUGAAACUGAUUGCUGCGGAGAGAGAGUUCAGAUAAGAGUCGUCAACUGUCAGUCGUAUUAUGCCUAUGAGCUCAAGGCUAGGACUACCUGUCCAGAGAGGUACUGCUUUGGAAACGUUGAGAAUGACAUCGAUUGCAUUGCAAAUAACGGCACGUUUGGUCAUAACAGCGGAUGUCAUUUGCAAACCAACACCGUACUAGAAGUGAUCUCGGCCUUCCUCCUGUUGUGGAUGUGUUCCCGUUGAUGGCAGUGAUAAUGUAUUGCUAGUGAUUUCACGCAGUAUCGUGGAGUUUCAAUCAUUUUUUGUUUAUGUGUGACCAACUGUGAUAUUUAUGUCCAUGCAAAUAAACAUCAAUCAAACAAU